AUGCUUUACUCACUGGACAUCUUUUCCAACACCUCGAAAGUCAACAGCACAGAGGACUUGGAAACCACUGAGAAUGCAAGAAAUAUGACCAGCAAGAGAAACGACAGUGACCCGUUUGGGCGAAACGAAGAGGUGGCCAAAAUUGAGAUAACAGUUCUUAGUCUUGCGUUCAUCGCCGCUGUGGUGGGGAACGUGAGCGUUCUGUUGGCCAUGAGUCGCAGCAGACGCAAACUGUCUCGCAUGCACCUGUUCAUGCGCCACCUAAGCCUCGCGGACCUGGUGGUGGCUUUCUUCCAGGUGCUGCCGCAACUUUGCUGGGAGAUCACCUUUCGCUUUUAUGGACCCGACUUUCUGUGCCGCAUUGUUAAGCACCUGCAGGUAAUGGGCAUGUUUGCGAGCACAUACAUGAUGGUCAUGAUGACCGUGGACCGCUACAUUGCCAUUUGCCACCCGCUGCAGACUGUCCAGCAGCCCACACAGCGCGCCUAUGCCAUGAUCGGAGCCACAUGGGCGUGCAGCCUGGUGCUGAGCUCACCGCAGUACUUCAUCUUCUCCCUGAGCGAGGUGCGCCCCGGGUCAGCCGUAUAUGACUGUUGGGCACACUUUAUUGAGCCGUGGGGCGGGCGCGCUUACAUCACCUGGAUCACAGCUGGCAUAUUUGUGGUGCCCGUAUCAGUCCUUGUCCUCUGCUAUGGUUUAAUCUGUUAUACAAUCUGGAAAAACUUCAAGCACAAGACACGUCGGAAAAGUGUUGGGGCAGUGGUGGAAGCCACAAAAAACGGAAUCCUGGGAAGGAACUCUGUCAGCAGCGUCAGCACCAUCUCCCGUGCCAAAUUACGCACAGUUAAGAUGACCUUUGUAAUUGUGGUGGCCUAUGUGGUUUGCUGGGCGCCAUUCUUCACCGUGCAGAUGUGGUCUGUAUGGGACAAGAGUUUUUCCUGGGCAGAUUCAGAGAAUACAGCUGUGACACUAUCUGCUCUUCUGGCCAGUCUUAACAGCUGCUGUAACCCUUGGAUCUACAUGAUCUUCAGCGGUCAUCUCUUGUCUGACUUUGCCAGGAGCCUGCCCUGCUGUGCUAAACUCAGCACCAAGUUCAGUCACUUGGACUCCGACAGCAGCAUCCGGAGAACCACUCUGUUGUCCCGCCUCCAAACUCCACGUCUCUCUGAGCCUUUCAAAGACACAGACACCGCUCCCAAAACUGCUAUUCCUGCUCCAACAGUCACAUGA